GCCUCAGUCCGUCGCCCGAAGUGGAGAUGCGCCAGAGGCCGGCGCGGGCGCGCAGCUCCUAGGACGCCGCGCCAGCCGGCACCAUGCGCCUGCGGCCGCUGCCCCUCGUCGUGGUCCCCGGCUUUUUGCUGCAGCUGUUACUUUGUGACAGCAAGACGGCGGUGCUCGCCACAGACGGGCUGGACUGGGAGGACAAGGAUGGCCCGGGGACCUUGGUGGGCGGCGUGGUUCACUCGAGGGUGCUCAACCCCCUGCGCCUGUUCGUGAAGCCGCCUGCGGUCCCGAAGCCCGGGCACCUGGCCUACGCGGACAGCUUGGACACCUUCUGGGACUGGCUGGCCAACAUCACCGAGGCCCAGGAGCCGCUGGCAAGAACUAAGCGGAGGCCGAUAGUCAAAACGGGAAAAUUUAAGAAAAUGUUUGGCUGGGGUGACUUCCAUUCCAACAUUAAAACCGUUAAACUCAACCUGCUGAUCACGGGGAAGAUCGUGGACCACGGCAACGGGACCUUCAGCGUCUACUUCCGGCACAACUCCACGGGCCUGGGCAACGUGUCGGUGAGCUUGGUGCCCCCCUCCAAAGUGGUGGAGUUCGAAGUGUCCCCGCAGUCCGCCCUGGAGACCAAGGAAUCCAAAGCUUUCAAUUGCCGCAUCGAGUAUGAGAAAACGGACCGGGCGAAGAAGACGGCCCUGUGCAACUUCGACCCGUCCAAGAUCUGCUACCAGGAGCAGACGCAGAGCCACGUGUCCUGGUUGUGCUCCAAGCCCUUCAAGGUCAUUUGCAUUUACAUUGCCUUUUACAGCGUCGAUUACAAACUCGUGCAAAAGGUCUGCCCCGACUACAAUUACCACAGUGAGACCCCUUACCUGUCCUCGGGCUGA